AUGUCUAAACUCGCCGACCUGGAUCCGGCGGAGGGCGUCGCCACAAGUCUAGUUCGAUUGGAUUAUCGUUGUUUCCGAUGCAACGAAAAAGGGGAUCAUCUUUUGAAGGAUUGCCCAACGAACCUUGAUCCAUCAUAUGAUACUGUUCCUCCCAGGAGUUAUAUAUGUACCGUAUGCAACGCUACUGGUGCACACUGGAAUCUCUUCUGCCCGGAGAACAAGGGCUACAAUUCCAUCGCGCAAAGGCGCAAGCGAGCCUUGAGGGUGGCCGAAGAGCGCCUGAAGAGUGAGCGUGGCCCCUCUAAUCACGGCAAGGGAUCCAAUCUGAGCUACGACCACUCGCUCGACAGGUUUAAUGAUUACUCGGGCCGGCAGCUCCUGCGGCCUGGUUUCCCCCAAAACCGCGUCAAGCCUUCCAUCCCACUCCGCGACGUCGAUCGAGCUUGGGGGUUCCUAGGCGGACGCGGACUCUGGAAGAGAUCUGAGGCCAGUGAUAACGAAGGUAGAUUGUCGUAUAGGGAUGUUGAGAGUGACUCGGAGGGAGUGUCCGACGAGGAGAAAGCGUCAGGCCAUCUCUCAUUUCGCAAGGUCGGCGAAGCGGAGACGUUGAAGGAAACGUCCCGUGAUAACAAAGAGACCGACCAUCCCGAAGCAACGGCCGUCGUCGAGAAGUUGUCAGAGGAGGAGGGCCACGAGGAGGAAGCGUUGGACCAUCUCCGAGGCAGAUUAAAGGUGUCGAAAAUCCAAGUCUACGAUGAAGGAGAGGCUGAAGCACAGGCUUGGGCCUUCCUUGAGUUGUUGAGAGAGGAGCUGGUCGACGCUGCCUCGGCCACCCACCAGCAGCAGAACCCUGGCAGUCUCAUGGAGAUGGGUGCCGAUGCUCUCCAUGGAUACCCGCAAUUUGUUUGGCCAGCUCCGGUCUACCAGGACACUCGAAGCGACCACGAGACUCGAUCCUCUGACGAUGGGCAAGGAGAGCGAGAGCCAUCGCCACCUAUCAAGCUCGGCAAGACGGCCAAGAGCAUCGAAAAACCCGGGCUUUCAGCCGCGGUUCUCCACCUAUUCCGGAACAUGGAGAACGUCCCCUACAGAAAGCCCAAACGUCCCACUGCUUUGCAGAUGUGGGAAGAAGAUGAGCGCAAGAAGCGCAAGAGCGGGUGA